UAUCAUAUCACGUGACUAACAUAUUGCUGGCAAGUAACGAUGUCCGCGAGGAUGAUCUGCAAACACUUUUUGCAUUUAACAUUCGUGUUUCAAUUUCAGAAACAUGGAUUAUCAGAUCGAUGUACUUGCCACCGCGAAUGAUUGGGUUCAAGGUUCCCCUACACGGCCCUACACCGGUAUCGUGAGCCUGUACAUGGCUGAUCAGCUGUCCGCGGAAACGGCCGCGCGGGAAAUUGUCAGUGUUAUAAACGCGAUGUACUAUGGCGGAGACAGUGGGCUAGUCGAGCAGAAUCUGAACGAUUUGUGGCGAACAAUCGCACACACUUCUAGGACUUUGUUGCGCUCGAUAUGUCCCCAACAGCCUAGUCUCAAUGAAGACGAUGCUUUAGCGGACAGCGCUUCACUGACAACACCUACAGCUGCGCAACCCGAUGUACAACCAGACGGGUCGCACUACCCACCAACCCAAGCGCAACAUAAACUCCUCACUCUCCUUCAGGCCAUCCGAACUUUUCCCAUAACGGAACCCAUUCCAGGCACAGUGGCCGGGAUCAGCCAUCAUCAUCACCCGUCUUUGUCACCAUACCUCGGAGCCACUGUCUUCUCCUCGUCAUCGUCGUACUAUGGCUCCUCCCUGAGUAGCAAUCAUAGCGACUGGGAGGGCAUGCUCGCUGAUGAUGUCGAAGCGCGAACCAAGUGUAAGAGAGGUAUAUGCUGGGCGGCUCUGCCAUUUUUCCGUGAGGUCAUUGCCGAGAUAUUUCAGGAAGAUGCUCCGGGGAAAUGGUUUCGUCGACCAUCGCCGCCACGAUAUACCGCACCUACAUCUACUAGCGCGACGUCGCAGUUUAUUGGACCACUUUCUACUGCAAGUCAACCCGAGACCAUGAUGGCCAUAAAUCCCUCUCCUCCUUUCUAUUCCACGCAACAUCCUACUCCUACUCACUUCAACCCUCCCAUGCCGAAAGUGAGUUUUGGCACCCUGGAAAGUGAAGCGUGGCUCAACCUCACCUCAUUUCUGGCAAUCAUGAGCAAAGAAUCCGUUCAUGACGGGUUGGACGACAUCGCCCUCGUCAUGAUGGGCUCCGUUCUGGGCAAUGAGGGAAAGACUCUCUUCGCCCCGGCUUCAGGGCUUGGUAGUUAUGCACACGGCCCAGUGGAUAGCUAUUACCCCUUCCGUCAGACCCAGCCUGAGAAUCACGCCGAUUGCAUCACCACUAAGCCCUGUCUCGAUCUUUACGUCUCGGCUGCGGCGAUCUGGGCCAUCCUGACGGGCGAGGAGAUUUGGCAGCGCAGAGGAGAGGGUGCAAGCAACGACUUCGUAGUAGGGCUAACAUUGGACGGAGAUGAUGACGGGCACGACGAAACAACUCUAUCGCCGGCGACCACCUUCAUGUCCUUGAGGUCGAGAAUACCAGAUGCUGCCUCUGCCGAGUCCUGCCCGCCAGACGUUUCGACGUCCCCAUUCGCAGCAAGCAGCAAACCCACAUCUUCACGCUCAGCUAGGGGAGACAGUAGGGAUGCUAUCUCUCGCAGAACAUGGGACGCGUGGAUCGGCUGUUUUCGGGCCGCCGGCUGUCGCGAAGAUCUGGCCGCGUCAACCAGGUCAAUCGCUGCAGAGGCGGCGGAGGUGAUGUUGAGGGCCUGUACGCAAUCGUCCAAUAUAUAAUACGAUUCACAUAUCACAUGCCCAAAAUUCAACGGGUCGUGAGAGCUUUAUAUUGCCAUGCUGAAUGCCACACGUAAGAGGGUCGUGGUUAUCUUUACCUCAGCAAGAGUCAAGAUCUCAUCAAUAGACAUUGACCGUGAUGCUUUUCAGUUAGCUACUCG